AUGACUGCCGAUACUGACGGAAAUACGGUGGUGCAAAAUGCCGAAAUACUAUCGGAUGAAGUGAAGCGACGACGAGAUCUGAUCACCCGUGACCUUCAGGUUCAUUUUAUCUUCCCGAUGGUUUUGUUGCAUGAUUCUCGUUCUUUCCGUCAAUUAAUUCUCGUCUUUCAGUUGCUUUUCAGUAUGGAGUUCAAGAGGAUUUCAUGA